ACACCCACUAAGGUAAUAUAUCAACCAAAACAAACACAAUCAGAAACACAAACAGAAACUGAAAACCAGAAAUGAAAAUGGAGGAAAGAGGAGAAACAGAGCUAAUAUCAAUCCCAGCAACACCAAGAGCAACAUCAACCCCAGAAAUACUGACACCCACUGGCCAAAGAUCACCAAGACUACAACACCCAGCUACAACUACUACUACUACACUUCCUAAAGACUCUAAAUCUGCUGCUUGGACUCCUUCUUCAUUCAUUUCUCCUAGAUUCUUAAGUCCUAUUGGGACUCCCAUGAAAAGGGUUUUUGUUAAUAUGAAGGGUUAUUUAGAAGAAGUUGGUCAUUUAACUAAACUUAAUCCUCAUGAUGCUUGGCUUCCUAUUACUGAAUCUAGAAAUGGAAAUGCUCAUUAUGCUGCUUUUCAUAAUCUUAAUGCUGGUUUUGGAUUUCAAGCCCUUUUUCUUCCUGUUGCCUUUUCUUUUCUUGGAUGGGGUUGGGGUAUAUUUUCAUUGACGAUAGCCUUCUUCUGGCAACUAUACACGCUUUGGGUUCUGGUUCAACUACAUGAAGCUGUGCCAGGGAAAAGAUACAACAGAUACAUCGAAUUGGCACAAGCUGCAUUUGGGGAAAAAUUAGGUGUAUGGCUUGCACUCUUUCCAACAGUAUAUUUGUCUGCUGGAACUGCAACGGCUAUAAUACUUGUCGGAGGAGAGACUAUGAAACUGUUUUUUCAUAUUGUCUGUGGUCCGCUUUGCUCAUCUAACCCUCUAACAACUGUUGAGUGGUACCUUGUUUUCACUUCAUUGUGCAUCGUUCUAUCACAACUUCCGAAUCUUAAUUCAAUAGCAGGACUCUCACUCGUUGGGGCUAUAACCGCCAUCAUCUACUCUACGAUGAUUUGGGUGCUUUCGGUGAGUCAGCCUAGGCCACCACAAAUCUCUUAUGAGCCGAUGUCACUUCCUUCUGCAUCGGCUUCUUUGUUUUCGGUUCUGAAUGCUCUUGGAAUAAUAGCCUUUGCAUUCCGAGGCCACAAUUUGGCCUUGGAGAUACAGGCUACCAUGCCAUCAACUUUUAAGCAUCCAGCUCAUGUGCCGAUGUGGAAGGGAGCUAAAGUUGCAUAUUUUUUCAUCGCGAUGUGCCUAUUUCCUAUGGCAAUCGGAGGGUAUUGGGCUUACGGGAACCUAAUGCCUUCAGGUGGGAUGCUGACCGCUAUAUACGCAUUCCAUAGUCACGACAUUGCAAGAGGUCUACUAGCAGUCGCAUUCCUUUUGGUUGUAUUCAACUGUUUGAGCAGCUUCCAAAUAUACUCGAUGCCUGUAUUUGAUAGCUUUGAAGCCAGUUACACGAGCCAUACUAAUCGUCCGUGCUCAAUAUGGGUUAGGUCGGGAUUUAGAGUAUUCUACGGAUUUGUGUCGCUCCUCAUUGGUGUGGCUUUCCCGUUCCUGUCGAGCCUUGCGGGUCUGUUGGGAGGACUUACUCUCCCGGUGACAUUUGCUUACCCUUGCUUCAUGUGGGUGCUUCUAAAGCAACCCCCAAAACAUAGUGCUAGUUGGUAUUUCAACUGGAUUUUAGGAUGGUUGGGAAUUGCUUUUAGCCUUGCAUUUUCUAUUGGAGGAAUUUGGAGUAUCAUAACUAAUGGGCUUAAGUUAAAGUUCUUCAAGCCAAGUUAAAAGAAGGCAAGGUUUAUGAUGUAAUCUUAUGUUUGAAUGUGAACUGUGAGGACACAAACAAUGUGCUUUUUUUUUUUUUUUUUUUUUUUUUUUUUUUUUUUUGUGUGAUGUAAAUUUUGAGAUUAGUUUUGGUUCAAUGAAAGGAAAAAAUAUGUGAGUUUUCUUA